AAUCCUGCAAGCCACCAUUUGUAGUCUUACUUAGCCUUGUUUAGGUGGAUUUAACAUAGGCUAACGACUUUGAGGACUGAUUUCUCCCAUUAAUUUUGCUACCAGGAGCAAAAUUAUUGUGGCACGUUGUACGUCAGGAUAUUGCCAACAUUUCAAGUGCCAAAUUUUCAAGAAUUCGCUACAACUAGUACUUGAAAUCGUCGUUACAGUGAAGGGCUAUCAACAUUUGAAACAAUAACAAACAGUCAACAGCAAAUGGUUCUCAGUGACUACGACUCGAGUGUCCUUUGUGUCUGUUACCCUCAGAUUCUGCCUCCUGAAAUUUACAACAUUUUAUGGGAUCAAAUUCUUCGUGCCUGUUACCAUACUCUACUUGACGGAUUUUCCGCUGUAAGAAAAUGCACGAACGAAGGUCGUGCACUAAUGCAGUUAGACUUCAGGCAUUUUCAAGUCAAAGUGGAAAGCUUGACACGUCUAAGACCUCUUCCUGACCCACAUAUUGUCGAAACAUACAUAAAGGCAUAUUAUUUACCUGAAAAUUCUUUCGAAAAAUGGAUUCAAGAACAAACGGAAUAUACUCCUAGGCAGAUGAUGAAUCUUCUUCAAUACGUAAGUCAAGGCAGUAAAAAGAUUCGGCUGAACUUAACUUCCUUCAUGGAAGAUUUAGAUUUGAAUCGUCGAUAAAGAUCUUUGUUAUGAUUCAAGUGAUGAAAUUUUUGUAAAUUGAGAAAUAUACAUGACAUUCCAUUA